CACCACCCUGCUGUCAGUGGAAAAUUUACAAGGCAGUCAAUCAGCCACAAAGAAGACAUCCUAUGGUAAAAGCGAAAAUGAUUUUCAUCUGCAUGAUCAUCACAGCUCUGGCAGCAACAGCUCAAGCAAAAGGGGCUAUGGAAUGCAAUUUAUCUGAAUCUACUGGAGCUCAGCACUGUUCUGGAGCACUUGGGAAACCACUAAUUUUUUACCUACCCAUUAGUACAAAUAAAAGGAUAACUCUGACAAGGAACGCUGAUGUCAUUAUCAGGGUAGGCAAUAAUACAGAAACGCAAAUCAGCAACAAAUACCAUGAUCGCACUGCAUUCAUCACAAAUGAAACAUUUAAGCUUGACAAGGUGACAAAGAGUGAUUCUGGAUAUUACCUGUUGGAAACAUAUGGACCCGAUGGUGCAUUAUCGCAGAAAAUCAACAUCCAUCUUGAAAUACAAGCUCCAGUGUCAAAACCAGCUGUGUCUCAGAUGUGUUUGUCACCAGAAGUGAUGAAGGUCAGCUGCUCCUCUGAGGGAGAUGGAGCAGAGUUUAUUUUGACUUUGGACAGUAACUUACUGAUACCAACCAGAGCUCAGAGAACAGAUGAACAACACCAGCCCAGUGUUUCAAACGUUACCAUCAGCUUACACGGUCAACUGAUAGGAAACUUGAUGUGUACUGUUCAAAAUAAUGUCAGCAGAGAAGAAACAGAUAUCCACCUUACAAGCUGUAAAGGUUCCACUUCUCACCUCUCUCUUGUGACUGUGGCUGUGAUAACAAGUGCUGCCACGCUGCUUCUCCUUCUCCUUCUCCUUCUGCUUUUGUUUCUUGGUAUCAAACAUUUCAUUAAAAAAGCAAGACCCAUGACGGUUAAUAAAGACAAUGCUGAAGAUGAAAUUGUCUACUCAGAAGUCAAAACAAAGAAGCUUACAAGAGAAACCAGGCCCAAGCCACAUCAAAAUGCAACUUAAUUUUCUCCUAAAAAAUUCUUAAUGAACCAGUCUCAGCCUAAACCCUAACCUUACCCUACCAGACCCAGGGUUUCCAAAGUCUACAUUUCUAAUUAAAAACCGGAACAGUUAAUUAGAUAUUAGCUGCUCCUGUUUUUAAAGUGCCCAUGGAUAUACAGACAACUAACAAUGAGACAUGUUGAUACUCAAGAAAACUUCUGUUCUUGUAAUGAGCAGAUGUUUUCCAGUGAUUUCAAAGUGGAUUUACAGACAUUCAAUCAUGACAUUGCCUCAUGUCUCUCUCUCCAUGCCUGCCUUGCCUCCCUCCUGGGGCAGCGUCCCACAGUUUGAAUAGUUUCAUCAAAACCAAAAAGCACAUGUAGGAUUUGCCAAGGUCAUGAAAAAUAACCUCCAAGGCAAAAUCCAUCAUUUUUCCCAGGCCUAAGGAUAGCGCUGCUAAAUAAAUAUAUGUGACUUAAGUGUUAUUAGCUGACCUACAAUUGGGGGUCACUGUGUUAUUAGGAUAUUCAACACAGUAUUUUGGAAUGUAUACAUUUUGCAACAGUACUUAUUUUUAUUUAAUUUUUGAGCUACUAUUUAAUUUUUUUUCAUGAAUUCAUGCACUUGCGUCUAAAAUGUUAUGGUGCCUUUAUGUUUUUGUUUUCCUUAGCCUUUUUUUGUGUGUGGCACGGUGAAGACUUUUUAAAUCAACAUGUAUUGAUUUAAUUCAUGCAUUCAUUUGUCCAUACCUUUUAUGUAACACUGGAGAUUUAAAA